UCACCGCUUCCCAGUCCACAACAAACACUUUUCUCUUCCGUCCCGCUCCCGCGCUCUCGACUCAACACUUCGCCGACUCGAUAUCCCGACUUACAGCAACCAUCAGCCCCCCGCCAUUGUCUUAAUCGCCCCACAUCCAUCAACAUGUCUGUCGUGUCGCUCCUCGGUGUCGAGGUCAAGAAUAAUCCGGCCACGUUCGACGCGCCAUAUGAGUUCGAGAUUACCUUUGAGUGUCUUGAGCAGCUGCAGAAAGACCUCGAGUGGAAGUUGACAUACGUUGGCUCCGCAACUUCGAACGAGUAUGAUCAAGAGCUCGAUUCCGUGCUGGUCGGCCCCAUUCCAGUCGGCAUCAACAAGUUCGCCUUCCGCGCCGAUCCUCCAGACCUUUCGCGCAUCCCGAACAGCGAAAUUAUCGGUGUGACGGUCAUCCUCCUCAGCUGCAGUUAUGACGAGCGGGAAUUUGUGCGCGUCGGAUACUACGUCAACAACGAGUACACGGACGAGGCGCUCCAGCUCGAGCCUCCAGCAAAGCCCAUUAUCGAAAAGGUGCGAAGGAACAUUCUGGCGGAGAAGCCGCGUGUCACGCGCUUCGCUAUAAAAUGGGAUUCGGAGGAGUCUGCUCCACCAGAGUUCCCCCCUGACCAGCCCGAAGCGGACCUGACCGCAGAUGGUGACCAAUACGGUAUCGACGAGGAGGAGGAUGAAGAGGAGGAGGUAGAAGCUGAGAACGCUGCUACCGCUAAUGGCGAAGACGCCGAGAUGGCUGGCGGUGAAGAGACUGCUGGACCUGCCGAGGAGAAAGCUGCAGACGCCGAAAGCGAGGAGAUCGAUAUCGAAGAGAGCGAGGGCGAAGAUGACGAGGAUGAAGAGGGCGAGGAAGAAGGCGGCGAUGACAUGGAGAUGGACGAGCCUGAGCCUGCCAAUGGUGAACAGAAGCACCCUCAACAGCCCGUUCAGCAUAACACCGACGUUAUGGUACAUUAGGGCAUGCUGACCUUUCUCUGAUCUAGUAAACAAGCCAUCUCAGCCAUUUCAUUCAUCUCCUCAACGCAGUCCGUUGAAAAUCUCGGACUUAGUAAAUGUAUUCGAAUACUCGCCUGUCUUCUCGAACCCCCCGAAAGUGGUCCAGAAAGCCGUCAAUCCACAGUAGCACUUAAAGGCACUGCUCAAUGUUCUCCUUUUCUCACAUUAUCUUCACAGGCGGCGUCCUGGCGAUUCUGGCCGCACCACAUUUUACGGUUUUUCCGACGGCUAUUGGAGGUGGCCAACUUGAUUCUUGCAUGGUUAAUUGGCCAAGGUGAUGGGGUGUACGCACAUGAUAUUCUUGGGAUGGAAGCAUGUUUCUUUUGCUAUGCGGCAAGGGUAGAGUUACGGAUACGAAAUAGCAGAUCUGAUUACAC